UCGCUAUACCUUUGACACGCUGACUAUCCCAAAGGUCGUAGAAUUCUACUUUAUAGGUAACACUACACAGCGGGGAGGAACUCAACAUUAUCCGUGUGUCGAGGUUUCAUAUGGGAGCCUAUCUGUGUGUUGCUUCCAAUGGGGUGCCACCCGCCAUCAGCCGCAGAAUCUACCUAGAAGUGACAUUUCCUCCAAUGAUAUGGAUCCCAAAUCAGCUGGUAGGUGCUGCUGAAUCUUCGGAUGUUGAAUUGGAAUGCCAUACAGAAGCGUAUCCUCUGUCUUCCAAUUCCUGGCUACGUAAAAACGAUAUGGUUAUAACUGAUAGCGAUAAAUUUGAUAUCUACAUAUCACAAAAUACGUACAAGGUGCAUAUGAAACUAACUAUUCGUAACCUCAGAGCGAAAGAUUAUGGUGCUUAUAAAUGUGUUGCCAAAAAUACGUUAGGAGAAACUGAGGGGUCUAUCACCUUAUAUAAAAUAGAUGCUCCCACAUUUACAAGAAGACCACCUUUAAUUUCUCAACCUACAAGUAUGCCAAAUAAAAACACUGCCUCUUCUGAAGAAAGACAGCAAGUUUCAGUAGAAGACAAGGAUUAUAAUCCUAAACCACAUUUGCCUGGAAACCAACAAAAGUACGGAGAGGGAAGAGGUAUGUAACUUAUGGUAAUUAGAUUUUCCAUUCUUUUUUCUGUUAAUAAUUUUUUUUUAAAUAUUUUAAAAUCCCUAUAAAACAUUGAUAGCUUCUUUAAA